AUAGUAAACGUCAAAUUUGAGUAAUAACAAAAAACAUUGGUAGGUACUGAUUAUGCCAGAGAAAAUAAACUAUCAACAGUAAUAUAAAAUAUGACUUUAAAUUUGAGUAAAUGUACAUAGUAAUGCAUCUAUUUUCGUACUAUGUGCUAGUAUCUAUUUAAGUUAUAAAAUUACAUUACAAUUCGUGAGAGGUCACAAUUUCAGUAGCUUAUGUACAAUCUAAAUAGUGCUGUUACCACUGUGUGGAGAUUUAUUGCAAUGUAAUUACAAAGAAUUAUUUAAAAUGCCGUUUAAAAUAGUGCAAACAUUAGAGAAAGGAAAGCCUGUGUUAACGGCGGUGCCACACGAAUGGGAGAAAGACGGCACAUUGUUUUGGCCUAAAAACCAAGCAGACAAACUCAUUAAGGUUGAAGAUAUAUACCCUGAGGACAACUGGAUCCCUAUAGUUUGUGAAUUGAAGAGAGAUAACUUAAAAAGUUAUGGAGAAGCUCAAGCGGAAGUAAAUUCUAUUUUAUAUAGAGGUGUUGGAGGACAUGAACCAAAUAGGAAUCAGAUUGUGGAAGCCUCAACUUCAUCUCAACCUCGUGACAACUUUGUCGACUUAAAGAUUGAAACCACAUCACAAGACCCUUUAACAGAUGGCGAAGCAGUUCCUGCCUCGGUAUCUGCUGGGCUGGAGCUGGUCUUAGAGAACCAGCGCCUCUUAUUGGAGAACCAGGUGAAAAUCAUGCGGAAAUUAAACGAAUUCACCUCAAGGUUGGAAAAUCUUACAUCUCAAGGCAAUAGCCAAUAUUUCAAUAAUACAGACAUUGAGCAUUUCAAUCCUAUAGAUGACUUGCAGGCAAUGGAUAAUCUUGAAAAUGAUUUAAAGGAUCCAGAAAAAAGAAAUAUUUAUUUUAAAAGAUACUCCAUCAUAUGUCAGGGCAAAGGCGAGGGUUGGAACUGUGCAUACUUUUUAGUCGACAUGUUUUUUACUCGAAAAUUCUUGACCAAAGUUUCAUGGUCUGGUGGCUCUCGGGGAGAGAGUAAAUUUGCAUUAAAAAUAUACACCAAUAUAAUAAAUUUCUUCCAUAGUUUGAUACACGAUUGUGAUAAAACAUUCUCUCUAAUGGACUGUCACAACUUUUUUAAGUUAAUAUUAAGAAAUUCUGUCAAAAGAUCAGAAUCAAAAUGCAUGAGAGCCUCGGGCAAAAAGAAGAGGCUUAGCAAAAACAUAAUGUCUCAAAUACAAAUGUUGUUGGUACAAGAAAAUAAUAGUUAUGAACAUGAGGAAGAGGUUGGUGAACAGGCUCUGACGGAAUUAUCAAAGAAAAGGAGGAAACUUAGUGACAGGGAAACCUCUGAGUGUGAAACUGAUGUGGAAAAAGAAUAAAUUGAAUCCGAUGGAUACAUUAGAGUGAAGAAAUGAACAGCUGUAUAAAUUAAAAUGGAUGCCCAUAUUAUGAAUGUGUAUUAAAGAUUUGGUUAUAUUAUCUAUUUAUCGUAAUCUUGGUGUUUGACUAAGAUCUAUUCAUUCAUGUUGAUUUAAAAAUGCCUAUUAAUAAUUUUUGGAAAGCAAUGGUUUUAAAAGGACAUGGGGAGCAUGUGGUUUGGAUCUUGAUAUCAGGGAAAUAUAAAUAAAGACAAUAGAGACUGCAAUGUUAUGUUAAUUAAUCUUAGUUACUGUUGUAAUUUAAAAAAAUUACUAUAAUUUUAAGAUUAAAUGUUUUGUAUUAUUUAA